AAUGCUUCUAUUUACCCCCACCAAAGCCUGUGCCCGCCCGCGCCCGCCGCCGCCGUUAAUUACGAUAACUUAACGUGAUUGACAAUGUCACAAGCCAUCUUGAUCUGACUGACUGUGACCCAUCCUACUCUCAACAACGCAUCCUGUUCGGCUUCCAUCACCCCAUAACAAUUCUUUCUGAUUCUUCAAUCCCUCCUAUUCCUCAUCCCCAUCCUUCCAUACUCAAUACAUCCACCAUCUGCGCACCACAUCAGGACCUCCACCUUCUUAGUCCCUCGAGCUACCAAUCCCUCUCUCGAAUCCGGGUUCCUUCUUUCCGUCGUCCGAACUCUCAUCUGUAUAGAUCCUUCAAUAAAUAAACACCAGAGAUGUCUUGGCAAGCAUACGUCGAUCAGAGCCUCGUCGGCACCGGCCACGUCGAUAAAGCCGCCAUCUUCAACUCAGAGGGCAACUCGGUAUGGGCCAGCUCCUCCGGCUUCAACGUCACACCCCAGGAGAUGCAAGAAGUGGUGGGCGCGUACAAGGAUAACUCGAUGCCAAAGAAAGUCCAGUCAACGGGAUUACACAUUGCAGGCCACAAAUACAUUGUGAUCAAGGCUGAUGAUACGAGUCUGUACGGCAAGAAGGGUCGAGAAGGCGUUGUCAUUGUCAAGACGAAACAGGCGCUCCUAAUCACACACUACCCGGAGACAAUACAACCCGGCACAGCCGCGAACACGGUCGAAAAGCUGGGUGCCUACCUCGUGGGCGUAGGAUAUUGAGAGGGAGUAGAUAAA